UUCAUGUAGACUGCUUCUUAGCAUGGCUCCAGCAUCGCCCUGUGCAGACUCACAAGCGAACCGAUACUUAAGACCUCGAGAGCUGUCAAGCUUUCUGCAUUGCUCCUCAGUCAACGACUCCGGACGCCUACUACUCAACCUUCUCUGCCGGCAGGGUUUACGCUCUUUACUACAGACGGUUCUACCUCCUUUGAAGACUUUCGAACGACAUCAUAACGCGCAAGCUCCCUCAUAGACUCAUUCACCAUGAUCGCUGGACUGUCUAAAGCCUUCCACCUCUACCUCGCGCCUCUGCUUUCUCUGACGGCAUUCAUCCUGAUCUUGUUCUCGUACUUGGCGCCAGUCCUCCUCUUCCCGUCCCAGGUCUCACUGUUGACCGUAUCUCCGUCCACGGCCUUGACACAGUCGAAGUCGAGCGAUGGAGUCGAUGGGCCGUCGAUCUUUCUCGGUGCUCUAGGGUCAUGUUCCCGUGCUAAGAACGAUGCACCUGUGACCUGCACCACUCCCACUGUCUCGCCAACCUAUGAUCUUUCGGUAUUGCCCAGCGCUGCCCCCGACUUGCUGACCGCACCAACGGCGACGACGCCCGCAUUCAUCGCCGUCUCGCUUGCGUUCACCGUCAUCUUCUUCAUCCUCUUCACCAUGACUUCUUUCCGCGGCAAGAUGGGCAAGUUCGGUAACGCCCUUGACAAGCCCGGGGUCCAGCGUGCGACCGCUUGGAUCGGGCUCCUCGGUUUUCUCAUUGGCAUUACUUCGUUCCUGGUCAUCCGGAUGUGGUUCGGAAAGGCGGUUGAGGAUUUCAACCGCGGAAUUGCUGAGGCCGGUUCAAGCGGCCCUCAACUGAUCGCAUCGACGACCAACGGUUUCGUCAUGGUCUGGGUAGGAUUUGCCUUCUACGCUGUCCCUGUGGUGUGCUCCCUUGCCAAGCUCCAUGUUGCGGCGGGCAAGGCAUGAGUGUUCACGACAUGAGUACUACUGUGCGAAUCACGACCGUCGAACAUUUCUUGGAGCUGCUGGUGCAGCUCGCAUCUAUAGCUGUAUUGUUGCACAUGGACCAUUGGACACUUGGGACUGUAUCGUUAGCUGUAGUGUAUACCCCGUACUAAUGGGAUCCUAAUUGCUU